AUGGCAGGAACAGCACUGCGGCCCGUCAAGAAGGCCAAACUUGACUUUUCAGAUAGCGAGUCAGACGCCGGCGUACAAUUGCCUCAAACCGAAGGCUUCACAAUCAACGAGGAAUAUGCCAAGCGAUUCGAGCACAACAAGAAGCGAGAGGAAAGGCAGCGGCUGGAAGAGAAAUAUGGGAAUGGCGACGCGAAGAAGAGGAAGCGCGAUGCAGAAGAGGAUGAUGAGAGCGAGGAGAGUAGCACUGACGAGAGCGAAGAUGACGACGCCGAACUGGCCACAGCCGACGUCGACGACGAGAUUAUGGCGACUCUGCAGAUGAUCCGGAACAAGGAUCCCAAGCGGCUGGACCAAACUGUCAAGUUCUACAAGGAGUUCGAUCCAGAGAGUGCACCGGUCAAGAACGAAGACAAGCCUAUGACGCUACAAGACUAUCAGCGCGAGAAGCUCCUGGCUGGACAUGCCGGCCAGGAUGAUGACGAAGACGAACCAAUGCAGACGUAUGCAGAGGAGCAGGAGCAGCUGAAGCGCGAGCUUGUAGGGUCAAUACAUGCAGCCGCGAAAGAUGAUGGCGAGGAAAGCGACGGCGAGGAUGAUUUCAUGGUUCAAAAGAAGAAAUCGACCCAUGAGGAUAUGCCUGGAGUAUCUGCGCAGAGACGGGCAAAGAAACAGCUUACCGAUCAGGACAUUGCGUCUGCCGAUAAGGACCCGGAGACGUAUCUGUCCAAUUUCAUGGCGGCGAGGGCGUGGCUUCCUGGCGAGGGAAGCAGAUUCCAGCCAUUGGAGUCUGAUGAUAGCGACGACGACAAAAGGGCGGAAGAGUUCGAAGAGGCAUACAACAUGCGCUUUGAGGAUCCUGCAAAGUCAAACGAGAAGCUGCAGUCUUUUGCUCGUGACAGUGGCAAGUACGGAGUGCGUCGAGAGGAGAAGAGUGGUCGUGCUAGGCAACGUGAGCGGGAACGCGAGCAGAGAGAAGCCGCGAAGCGUGAACGAGAAGAAGAAAAAGCCAGGUUGCGAAAGCUCAAAGUUGAAGAAGCUGGGGAGAAGGUGAAGCGUAUUAAGGAGGCUGCCGGCUUAAGAGGACAGGAACUGAAGCUUGACGAGUGGCGAGACAUCAUUGAAGGCGACUUUGACGAUGAUCAAUGGGAGACAGAGAUGAAACGUCGAUUCGGCGAGGACUACUACGCGGAGGGCGAGGACUCUGGCUCGGACGAUGAUGGUCAUGAACGCAAAAAACGCAAGCCCCGAAAGCCCAAGUUCGAGGAUGAUAUUGACAUCACCGAUCUCGUGCCAGACUUCGAUGCUGGUAAAAAGCCCAAUAUCACUCUGACUGAUGAUGAGGAUGAGGAUGGAGGUGCCCCACUGCCUCCAUCGGAUGGCGAGGAGAGACAGUCGGCACCUGGCAAGAAGAAGACCAAGAAGGACCGACUCAAGGAAAAGUCAGAUGCAAAGCGAGUCGCACGCAAAGAACGUAUGGCCAUCGAAGAAAUGGUCGAUGCUUCGCUUCCUCUCCAGCACCCGAGCCUGACCUCUGCCUCCAGCUCCAAAGCUCCAGUCAUUGGUUUCAGAUAUCGUGAAACUUCACCAACGUCUUUCGGGCUUUCUGCUCGCGAUAUUCUCUUCGCUGACGACACUGCAUUGAACAGCUUUGCGGGCCUCAAGAAGAUGGCCGCAUUCAGAGACGAGCAGAAAAAGAUUCGAGACAAGAAGAAGUUUAGUAAGAAAGCUCGUCUUAGACAAUGGAGGAAGGAGACUUUCGGAAAUGCUGAUGAGCCCACCGGCGGCUUUGAGAAAGUGCUUGGUACUGUGGAAGAGGCGGACGAACCUCGAAAGAAGCAUAAGAAGAAGGCGGAAGAUGGUAACAUUGUUGAUGGGAAGAGGAAGAGGAAGAGGAGCAAGAAGAAGGCUCAAUAA